GGAACAAGAAGCUGUUGCCAGAGUAACUGUUGUUAGCUGAGGCCGAUUUGAGCUAGUUGUUUUGAUGUUGUUGGUAUUUUCUACCUUGAUGAAAAGCUGAUCAGAUUCACAGAGACACGCGUGUAAUUCCUGCUCUGAUUUGGGUAUUGGAGGACAGAUGAUGUCAGGAGAUCUUGUUGCUGUCUGGGAAGUGGCUUUGAGCGAUGGUGUGCACAGAAUUGAAUUUGAACAUGGCACAACUACAGGAAAACGGGUUAUUUACAUAGAUGGAAAGGAAAUCAUAAGGAGAGAUUGGAUGUUCAAACUGGUUGGAAAGGAGACUUUUCAUGUGGGAGGAACAGACACGAAGGCCACUAUUAACAUUGAUGCAGUGAGUGGCUUUGCAUAUGAGUACACGCUAGAGAUUAAUGGACAGAGUCUGAGGAAAUACAUGGAGAAUCGCUCUAAAGUUACCAGCACAUGGCUCCUCAACCUGGAUGGCAUUGACUGCAGAGUUGUUCUGGAGAAGGACACCAUGGAUAUAUGGUGCAAUGGACAGAAAAUGGAAACAGCUGGAGAGUUUGUUGAUGAUGGUACAGAAACACACUUCACUCUGGGUGAACACGACUGCUGCAUCAAAGCUGUAAGCAGCGGAAAGAGACGAGACGGCAUAGUUCACACGCUGCUGGUGGAUGGUAUGGAAGUUUCAGAGUCUGCUGAAUGAUCUGUGUGAGGUUGUAUGUGCAGAUUAUCCAUCCUUAUGAGAAGACUGUGUGUACUGUUUGUGUUUGGUUAUAGGAAUUGCAUGUGCAUCAUCGUGCUAAUUUGUAAAGACAAAUCAGCGUUGUGUUGGUUUAGGAGUAAUAAGCUGUUUUUAGUAAAUGAAAAAGAGAGAUGUGUCUUACAAACACAGUUUAGUUAAUUGCUAUAUACCUUACAUAGUAGCAACAAAUAAAAGUGUUUUAACUGUCUUGAUAGUUUAUUAUUACUUUGUGAAUUGACAAUGAAACUAGGCCUGUAGCCAGUUGCAUUAAACACCUUGAGUUAAGAAAACCCUCAGUGACAAUAGCUUACAGUUACAUCUAAGGGUUUUCUUAGCUUAUUUGUUUCAACUGGGUCCUUAUCUUUAUCAUUUGAGAUUCUAAGUGAAACAAAAAGAUGUGAGGAUGUCAGGACCUGUAUAGUUUGGUAAGAUGGUCAUGUGAAGUAUUUGGGAGAUUGUUGGUGUCAAAUAUCUGAGUGUUUGUGCGGUAGCACAAUCAUGUUCUCAAAAGCAUUUAAUGAUCCAAAUAAGCAUAACAUUUAAACAUGUUUACAAGUUUUAGAAUACUCAGUCUUGAAGAAAUUGAUCUGACCAGCCACUGUCUGAUAAAUAAGGUCAGAGUACAGCAAUAACGUUCUUUAGGAAAUAAAUGUUUUUGAGUCUGUGUGCUUUGAGACACUUUGAUUCAAGGCCUUGUGAAAAGCAAGAAUACUUGUUUCUAUAACUCAAACUCUAUUUGUCUUGUGAAUUCAAGGUGUGGUGAUGUGCUAGUCUUUUGUUGUCAUCAGUUUUUAUUUCUGAAACAACGAUCUUGUAUGUGAGGUCCAGAGAUGCUUGCAUUGUAUCAUGACACAAUGUUUAGGCUAUUAAAAAUGAACUGAUAUAAAUAUGUAACAAAUAUAAAAACUAAAUAUGAAUCAAGCUUCCUUCACAGCAUUUUAAAGCGAAAUGUUAACUUUCACAUAUUUUUCUUUCAUAGAAUGACUGAUUUGAAUUGAAAUGUGCUUCUUGUGUAAAUUUGUCUAAUACUACAUAAGUAUAAGAAUGGUGGCAUUAGUAUUGCAAUAUAUUUGCCAUUAAAAUCUUUUUAUAAUUUGAAACUGAUGUAUUUCAUCUUUUUAUAUGUAGAACAACUUUUACAAACGUUAAAAACAUGUCUUGUUGUUAUGGUCAGUUUGUAACCAAUAAAUA